CACUGUGACAGCGCGGUUUUGCCCACAAGGAUCCAGCUGUCUGAAAAGAUUUGGGCACAAACAGAUUUCAGCAUGUGAUUGAGAGAAGUUCAUCUUUCUGGUUCCUGCUGGGCCAGAAGAGCCAUGUGAUUGUGUUGGUGAUUGUAAUGGACUCUACAACUGUGAAUUAACACAGAGCAGCACUUUGGAAACUUGAUGACCUCAUCCCCAUCCUGCCGCAAAAAUGCCAGGAAGCCAGUACCGAGUGCCCAGUGCCAAAAUCCACCACAGCCAGUACAGUCUGACGGACAGCUCUGAGAUCGGCCCCGAGGACGAGGAUGCUGACGGUGAGCUGCGCCUCACCCCCCUGCAGAAGCUCACCACCGCCCUGUGCAAGGAUGAGAAGACCAUCAAGGAGCUCAUCAUAGGCCGCAGGGUGGGCUUCUACAAGGUCCGAGGGGAGAUCGGCAGUGGGACCUUCUCCCGAGUCAAAAUGGCUUUCAAUGCUCUGACUAAAGACAAAGUGGCUAUAAAGAUCCUGGACAAGACCAGGUUGGACCAUCAGGCCCAGCGUCUGCUCUCCAGGGAGAUCAGCAGCAUGGAGUCCCUCCAGCACCCCAACGUGGUGCGUUUGUACGAGGUGGUGGACACGCCGAGCCGCCUCUUCCUGGUGCUGGAGUACGCAGGAGGAGGAGACCUCCACAACAGGAUCUGCAGCGAGGGUAAACUGUCUGACAACACCUGCAAGAUCACCUUCGCCCAGAUCCUGUCUGCCAUCAAAUAUAUGCACAAUCUCAACAUCAUUCAUCGAGACCUGAAGGCGGAGAACGUUCUGUUCACCUGCAGCGGCUGUGUGAAGGUGGCCGACUUUGGAUUCAGCACGCAAGUUUCCAACCGCAACGACACCCUUGACACCUUCUGUGGCUCUCCCCCGUACGCCGCCCCAGAGCUCUUCAAGGACGAGUACUACGUGGGCCCCCAAGUGGACGUGUGGGCCAUGGGGGUCCUGCUUUUCUUUAUGGUGACUGGCUCUAUGCCGUUCCGUGCUGAGACUAUGGGGAAGCUCCGGCGCUCCAUCAUCGAUGGCGCCUACACCGUGCCCCCCUGGGUGCCCGGCCCCUGCCAGAGGCUCAUCAAGGGCAUCUUGAAACCAGCCCCUGCUGAGCGCUGCGCUAUUGACCAGAUGCUGGGCUGUGAUUGGCUCUUACCCGUGGAGUUUCCCUGGUCGUUGGUGCCUCCCGAGCCGGUGAGCCCUCUGCAGAGCUUGCUGGACUUGGAUCGUGGGGAUCUGGAGGAGGAGGUGGAGGAGGAGGUCAGGGUCCUGCUUGAGGAGCUGGGCUUCACCUCAGAGCACCUGAGGAACAAUCCACUCAAAGAGAGCCGCAGCCCUGUCACUGGGGUGUACCGGAUCCUGCUGCACCGAGCCCAGAAGAGGAGGGGCUAUGACACUCCCCCAGUGGUCCGAGGGAUGGUGAGGGACCCCAAGAGGGAGGGGCUCCGGGCCUACAGGGGCCUCAGACACACCUCCAAAUUCUGUGUGCUUUCAUAACAGACUGUUAGAGACGGUUAGGCAUGUUUUUUUUUGCACACCUCUUUAAAAUGAGUUUAAGUAUGGAUUUUGUUUUAUAUCAUGGGAAAGUGACUUUGAGCAAUUAAUGACUGAUCAUUUUUCACAUCAAGAAACUUUUGAUAAAUUUGUGACACUGUUUUCAAUGCAACUUUUUGGGAUAGCCUGAGUCAUGUGUAAGUGCCUGUUGAGAUUAAUAACAAGAAAUAAUGAAACAUGUUGCAACCUUUUUAUUUAC